UAUCUGCGUCAUUCUGUUUCCGGAAUUGCGCCGCCAUUGAAACAGCAGCAACCAACGUGAGAUUUUCGUUGCCGCGCCAGUAACUAUUGCAUUUAAUUUUACAUUGAUCACCUUCUUCUAAAAAAUAUCUGGAUAUUGCUUGAAAGAAUGGCGUACAGAGGACAAGGACAGAAGGUUCAGAAGGUCAUGGUGCAGCCCAUUAACCUUAUUUUCAGGUAUCUACAGAAUCGUUCUCGAAUCCAGGUUUGGCUGUAUGAACAGGUCAACAUGCGGAUAGAAGGCUGCAUCAUUGGAUUUGAUGAGUAUAUGAACUUGGUUUUGGAUGAUGCAGAGGAGGUUCACAUGAAGACCAAGAACAGGAAGCCACUGGGGCGGAUUAUGUUGAAAGGAGACAACAUCACAUUGCUGCAGAGUGUGUCCAAUUGAUUGUCUGUUAGGAGUUCAUUUGGAUAUUGUUUGUUUGCUGUUAGAUUGUUGGUUUUACUUUUUCAUUUGUCAAUAUUUGGUAUUUUGACCCAUGUUUAAAAUUGUGAAAACCUUUUUCUUUUCUAAAUCUCAAAAAUAAAUAUUUUUUUCCCCCACUGUUCCAGGCUACUGCUUUUAGUGUUGGAAUUAAACAAAGUGACAAUUAGCAUAUGCAAAGGACUGAAAAAAAUAAAGUUCAAAAGUUUAGUGUUUUUGAAAGAAAUAUCUUCUGCUCACCAAAGCUGGAUUUAUCUGAUCAAAAAACAGUAGUACUGCGAAAUAUCAUAACUUAAAAUAACAGUUUUUUUAAAAAUGUAAUAUAUUUUAAAAUGUCAUUUAUUCC